UUCUAUCUCUACAUAUAUCAUUCACGAAAGAAAGUUAAAACAUUUCAUCAUAUAUGUUUUUUGUCUCGCUUCAUAAUAUCAAAGAACUACAUUGAUCUCAUCGAGGGAAAGAAUCUUUUACGGUUCACCGAGAUGUCAAUCAACGAGCAAGACACCUUCCACCAGAGCAGCGAUAAACUCCAACCUACUAAAACAGAUUUGAGAUUUCAGGAACCGCCAAUGAACCACCCGUCUCAUCGGCAGCAUGUUCACGGCGCGUGCUUGAGCUGAUAUCAGCAUCGCUGUCGCCCUCAUCCAAUCCGUAUUGGUCCCGGCGGCUGCGGAGCAAAGUUCAUACAGCCUCUGCAGAGUCAACUACAUCGCCGGAUCAUCGUAACGAUUCACCUCCAGUCUCCGUAAAUGCGUCGUUGAAGACGUCGGUCAAUCCGGAGGAAAGUCGUCCUCGCGAAUCGAUCCGCGACACGAUCGGAUGUCGACCUUUCCUCACGUUCGUACAAAAGUCGCUGCCGACUCUGCAGGUUGAUAUUUGCAAUGCAGAAAUAUAAUAGUGCUUAAAGAAAUAAGAAGAAUGAAGCUGUAAUCGACAACAUGGUUCCAUAAAUCGCAAUCUCGCGAGAUAUCGACUCGAUGAUUGUAGUGACCCAUCUAACCUGCUACAACUUUGUAAAUAAGAUUGAUAUAUUAUUACGUAAAUUGGAUAGUAUCACUGGAAUUUUCAGAAGAAAAGAGGAUUCGUAGAAGAUCGACACAACUCGAAUGACAUAAACCGACUUUAAAAAUUAUACAUAUAUUAUAUAUAUUAUUUUCGCACGAAAUAUCCAUGCAUCAGAGACAAAUUAGUCCGACAGAAGAUCCUAAUUUCUAAGCUUAAAAGUUAGCCGAUAAAAUAUUCGACAUUUUCUUGAUGAUAUACAGAGGCCACUGAAUGUCACAGAAUAUAUACUGCCGAUUAAACUCGACGUCCAUCAAACUCGAUGUCGACGAAAUAAUUAAAACAUUGUCGAAACAUUAUUAAAAUCAGCUAAAGAAGAAGACAAAUUAAAGAAGAAUCGAUUAAGAUCAAUCGUUGUCUGAAUUGCGAUAGAAAAAUGCAGCUAUUUAUGCCGUUUUUUAUUAUAUUCCUAGCGGGCGGCAUUGUGGCCGACUGGUCAAAGAUGACCAGUCCAUUGAUGAAAGUAUGGUACACAUUGGUCCCUCAUUCGUCGUCCGAAUUAUUGACUAGUGAGGAAAACGACUGUAUCGGUUGCGCGCAGAAUAAGGUCAACAUAAUCGAUCCCGACCCGUUCUUGACCGAACUGAGAGUGGAGUACGUGAAGCAGCAGAUCCUGAAGAAGCUGCGGCUGUCGAAGCCGCCCGAGGUCUCGAUGCCGCUGUCGACCUUGCCGAAGCCUUUGAUAAACGGCAAUGUGCUCGAACUUCGACCAGGAGCACCGCCCGAGCCGGAAAAACCGGCGGAACAUUUCUACGGGAAAACUGACCAGGUCAUCGUAUUCCCGAACGAAGGUGUAGACCAUUCGACGAAAUAUCGUCAGAGCUCGAAUCACAUAACGGGCUUCAACUCGGCGGCCUGUUUCACGUUUAACCUGUCGAACGAGAUGCUAUACGUCGACGUGACUUCGGCGGAACUCUGGUUCUACAAGGAGCAGGUCGAGAAUGAUGACGAGCUCAACCAGACUUUCGUCCUAUCCGAACUCGAUCAUUGGGAUCUGGGCGGCAGAUUCGAAAAGAACACCGUCAUGGCAAUCUUCGAAACCGACAUUAAAGAGGGUUGGGUAAAGACAGACAUAAAAUUCAUGGUGAAGAAAUGGAUAGGUCGACACCGAUUGAAGCACGCCAUUCAGAUAGCUUGUACCACCUGCUCGACCGACCACGACAUCGCGCCGGUAUCCGUCGAACAGACUCUGAAGCCGUUCUUGGUAAUUCACACGGCGCCGUUGCCGCAGAGAAAUAGGCCCAAAAGGAAUUCGAAUUGCCUGCCCGAGAUGAAGGAGUGCUGCCGAGACGAUCUCUAUAUUAACUUUCAAGACAUCGGCUGGAGCGACUGGAUUCUGCAUCCGAGCGGAUAUCACGCGUACUUUUGCCGAGGAUCCUGCUCCACAGCAGCAUCCUUAACUACCGGUGGUUCAUCUUAUAACAACGUUAUUAGGAAGUUGUUGGCCAAGGAUGGGAGCCAGCAGAGGAGCAAGAUAGUGCCGUGCUGCUCGCCGACGCAGCUCGCUCCGCUUCAGCUGCUCUACAUCAACACGAACAACACGAUCACGCAGAAAACAUUGCCGAACAUGGUGGUGGAGGCUUGUGGUUGCAUGUGACGCCGCAUUGUCCCGAAGACGGACAGGGUGACGGACUAGUUACUCUCGGUUACGAGAAGACGAAGGACGAGACGAUUGACCUCACGCCACCUCGUACUAAGAGAUUCUCGCUUGCGCUUAAUCACCGUGAGUCUGAACUUUCGCCGGGGUGCUUGCAAAAUCCGUACGUCUCGUUUCGAAGAGAUCGGUCGUGCAAAAACGCAUAGGAUCGAUGAUGACCGACGCGUUGAGAUAUCACGGCGGCAAUUAGGAAUAAGAGCGCGUUGUCGUUACGUCACGCUAUCGGCAAGCUCACUCGCUUUAUAUUAUGUAUAUCACAUUAUAGAUAACUAGAUAAAAUUAUCGUCGAUCCGUGAAUCUUCUACAAUCGAAACCUUUCUAUUUUAUUCGUCAAUUGAUUUGUAUUGUUUCGUACAGAAUAUUGAUAAAUUUAUAAUAUUGAUAAAUUUAUUUAUUAUAAUUUUUACAGUGUGAGAAUCACCGAUAAAAGACAUGAUAUCGCCAUAAAUUUCAGUAAAAUGUUUUACUUGCGUCAUCGAACAAUUCGAAUGACAAAUCAUAGUAACCGGAUAUAAUAUCUACGUAUUAUAAUUUGUCCGUUCGAUAAUGUAACGCAAUAGGACAAAACAUGAGUUUACAUGAUGCAAGUACGUCCUUACGUGAGAUCUCAUCCUUAGGUUGAUUGCCCGAACCGCGAAAUCGACUCGAGCGAGCGCUUGCGGUACCAUGGGAAAUUAAGGCGUAAAUUAAGGUGAGCCGAACCGUAAAGAGAGCUCGUUACGUAUUUUAGCGUAGAUACCGACACCCUCGCGUAUGCCCGCUUGUACGUCUGCAAGGCCGAUAGCGAGAGACCUUUCGGGCAAUUUCGACAACGGACUUUACCCCGUCGCGUCUGACUACGUAAGGUCUUUUCUACUGUUUCCAUUGCAAAUCUCCGUCGAGAACCUUCUAGCGAAUAUAAAGAGCCCACGAUUACAUCCUGACAAAUUGCUUUCUAGUGUAAUACACUGAGAAAAAAAGUUAUUAAUUUAACUAAAUUUGUCCAACUAAUUACUAUUUUUUUGUAUUUCUUUAAUUGAAAUAUUUUAAAUAUUUAAAUCAAAUACGACAUAUUAAAUCUAACAUGACGUAUAUUUGACUUAAAUACUUAAAUAUUUUAAUUAAAGAAAUACAAAGAAAUAGUAAUUAGUUGGACGAACUUAGUCAAGUCAACAACUUUUUUUUCUCAGUGUACGAUAUACGAUCUAAUUUAAUUCUUCGUAGAGAAAAUUAUGAGAUUAGAGCAAUUUGCAGGAGAAUAUCUUUCAACUCGAUUUCUCAUCUGACUGACAGACCUUUUUUCUUCGGUUAUAGAUUAUCGUCACGUUUUGAGAAAUUAUAGUAAAUAAUGUUAUCCUAUUAUUGAGACAAUAUAAUAAUUUUAUAUAAUAUAUCUGAUGAAUGGAUUGAGCCGCCUAAAUCAAUUGAAUUAAAUACUUUCAGUCAUUUCGAUAUGAAAAGUCUAUAAGAAAAAUAUAUCUUUUGCACAUUAAUUCCUGUUCUGAAAAAAUUGCAAAACUGUGUAAUGAAAUAACUUAACAUGUACUUUUCGGAGAUGGCGACAAUUUUGAGCCGACGAUACAACAAACAACGGACUAGAAGCCAUACAGUAUUUUCACGGGAAAUUAUUCAGUGCACAAUCCGUUAAUCGAGCCCGAUUUGUAUUUAAUUUAGCCACAUCGUGACACGUGUAUUUGUAGAAUUUAUUUAUUACUAGGACUUUUAACGUCGUCGCUUUGUUGUUUGACAAUUGGCUCACGGGCACAACUGCUGCAAGCAAUACAAUGCAAUAAAAUGCAAUAGCGAUUAUUCUAGAGAUAAAUGUACGGCAUAAUAUUGAUAAGUAUAUUAUUAAACGACAAGCUAUAAGCAGCGACUGUAGUUGACACGCCAAGAUAAACGACGAGAGCUUGUCGGAAGCUUCCGAAGCAAUAAAAGACGGCCCGAUAUUAUCGAUGUACUCGUUCCUUCGUAGAAUCUUAUGGCUCGCAUACGAAGCGAGAUAAGUAUAUUCGCGGAAAAUAAAUUAAUUUUUUCCUGCAAUGUCGUUCAAGUACACAAAAGCACCGAAAUUGACUUAUUUUCUUUCAUAUUUCAAUCUUCACGAAUCUUCCUCCAAUUCACUUUAAUUAAUAUUAAUUUAAUUAAAAAUAAUAUUAUUACUAUAAAGAUCUUACUAAAAUUUUAAUUUUUCUAUCUCUGAGGUUAUAUAUUAUUUGUAUUAUGUGUGAUCAACUUUUUCACUAGAUAUGUUUAUAUUAUAAAUAAAUAAAUAUGUAAAUAAUGUAUUAUUGGAUUUGUAAUAUAUAUUUUAGUCAAGUUCACUCGCGUAGAAUUUAAUAUUAUAG